CAGCCAACGUUGCCCUUUUCCCACCACCACGUAGUGGACCCUGGCCCUUGCCUCGCCGACACCAACCGCCGCUGUCUCACAUUACCUGUUUCUCCUCUCUCUUUCACCACCACCGUCUCUUCCGUCAUCAUCAUCACAUCUCAUCAGGUGGCCUGAGUGGCCCCAAUCAUUGCCGCCUUUGGGCGUCCUCGUGAGCAGUCGUACUAUACCCCGACGUCGCCGCCAUGCAGUACGUCGGACGCUUCGUCUCGUCGGUCUACAAUACCAUUACCCCCAACAUCAACCCUGCAACCCUCAGCGGAGCUAUCGAUGUCAUCGUCGUCGAGAGGGAUGUCGAGGUCGAGGAGGAUGUGCCAGAAGCAGAGAGGGCAACGACGGGGGGCUCGAGCAAGAGGACAGUCAGGAGGCUGGAGCUCGCAUCGACGCCCUUUCAUGUUCGAUUUGGCAAGAUGAGCGUGCUCAGACCGGGAGAAAGGAAGGUUACUCUGCACCUCAACAACUCCUCCGAGCCGCUCCCCUUUGCAAUGAAGAUCGGCGAGCAAGGCGAAGCCUUCUUCGUCGUAGAGAUCGAUGACGAAGACGAGCGCAACCAGAUUCCAGACGACCUCGUCACUAGCCCGAUCCUCAGCGCAGCAUCCAGUCCAGCCAACUCGCCAGGCUUUGAGCCGAUCCCAUCGAUGGCCGCAGGGGGCAAGGACGGCGCUGACAGUGCACCUCAAGAUCCUGGGCAAAUCGACCCUCUCGACCUCAACGAGUCGCCCUCUGCUCAGAGUGCAACGCCCGCCGCCAUAUCGGACAACGACGAUGCAGCCACGCUGCGUUCCACUGAGACGACCGAGACUGGCAUUACCUCGCCGCCACGCAGCGAUGACGAGUCUACCCCGCAAGAUGUGCCCAAGGACUCUGAUCUGACUGGCUCAGGCCCCAAUGCCGGCCACAACAGCAUCAUGAGCCAGCUGGGGUCUGCAGCAUCAAUGGCAGGCGGAGCGGUCGGCGCCGUGGGCAGGGCAGUGGGAGUAGCCGGCGAGAACCCGCGACUUGACAAGCUGGCGAAGAAGGCUUCGCGCAAGGAUGGUGGAGAUGGCAAAGGAGCGCCAGUCGACAGCGACAAGCAUAGCGCACACAAGUACGCACCGGAUGCGUCCAAUCCGCCGGGCAAGGAGAGGCAGCAAGAGGCGGAGGACGAAGCGCGAAGACCUCCACCGCAGAACGAAACGGAGAGGCUCGAAGAAAAGAUGCGCGAGAAGAUAGACAAACUCAUCGAGGACGAGGAAGAGAUGCGUAUCGCAGAGGGAGGCAGCAACAGCGGCGAUGAUACGGCUCGUAGCGACGAUGCAGGCUCGGUCGAGGAAGCAUAUCCUGCGCCCUUUGGCGAGACUAGCAGGAAGGCUGGCACGCGUAAGCCGCCCUCUCAUGAGCACCCGGCGCGGACUGGGUCCAACACUUUUCCCGUCGCUCAGUUCGAGCAUGGUCAAUUCAUCGCGGGGCGUCGCUUGCCGUCGCACGAUGGCGAUGCGCUUGGAGCCGUUCAGCCGGCGCAGAUUGAUGUGCGUAAUGUCGAAGGGCGCCUGAGGAAGGCGAGUGAGGAUGUCGAAACUAGUGCCAAAGACGACGCAGAUGCAAGCGGCAGCACGGGCGGCACAGGCAAAGUCGUCGCUGAACCCGCAGAGAUUGGCCACGAUGACGAGGACAAAGAGCAAGAAGCUGCAAUUACGCCAAUCAAGGGCGGUCCCUCCUCAUCACGCCGCAAGGAAGACUUGCAGUACCUCUUUGACAUGGACGGUUACAAGAUGACGGCCGACGGCGAAGACUUAGCCUUUGCAGAGGGGCAUCGCCUUGCUGAUGAGAUGCCUCUCAGCCGUCGGCACGGAGGAGAUGAGAUCCAUCCGCACAUCGGCGAGCUACUCGACCAGGCUCAUCGCCGCGAGAGGGAAAGGCUGGCUGAGGACGGAAGUGGAUCACAGACUUCUGCCGACGCCAUUCCGGCUAUUCCGCCAUCCACGGCUGCGGAGGAGGCGCAUAGGUUCCGCGAUGGACAUGCGCACGAUGAGGCUGCGCUGUCCAACGACUUGGUCAGGCUGGCGCAAGCACUGCGCGGGCAGAGUGGCGACGCAGGGGAGGAUGUUGAUGACGAUGAAGAGGAGGCGCUUAAAGCUGUCAAGCCUGCGACCAAGAGCAAGCGAGCCUCGCGCCGUCACCCGACGGAUGUGUCGCUUAGUGAUACUGAGGCUGGAGCUCGCGAUGAUGAGACCGACUCGGACGACGAGGUCCUGCGACCACGCAAGUCGCUACACGCGCGAGCAAAGAGCACGGCACUCGAUUUGGAGUUGGGCUCGGCUGCUCGCAACGCUCUACCGGGGGAUGCAACGCCGCCCAAGAGUCGAGAAGCCAACUGGAAGUGGGGUGAGCCUGGGUCGCGGCAGCGCGUGCUCAGCGAUGCCGGUCCUUCGGGCGUAGAAGAGGAUUUGGGACCGUCAGCGCGCUUUGUCGGCUCGGACAACAAUCCCUAUGCCUUCCGCGUCGUCCUCUUCGACACGGAGCGCUUCUUCGAGAUGAGUCUCUGCUUCAAGGACGGCUUCGGCUCAGGCGACGCAGACGAGGAGCGAGAGGAGUUCAAGGACAGUCGAAUUAGCUUCCAGCGCUUCCUCGAUGACCCCGACGUGGUCAAUGACGAGCGUCUGGUCGUGCUGUACGAGGGGCGCUUCCUCACCUGGGUGGACUCAUCGACCGUGCUCGCCACCCUCUCGCUGUAUCGUCGGGUGUAUGCGAGUGCCUCGCAGGCCGAAGCAGGGGAAGGAGUCGACUCGCUGCCUAGUGCUCAGGGGCCACGGGCGAGCGUGUGGAGUCGUUGGUGGAACCGCAACAAGCAGCCUGCCGCGGCGCAGCCCCCUCCCUUUGAAAGGGAGAGCACUGCCCCGCCUGAGGUUGGCGCGCCCGCAGCGAGGGCACACGCGCCUAUCCCGCUUGAGAGGGCAGAGUCGGACACGGCGCUACUCUCGCAACAAAAUCAGAAGCAGUCGGAAGAUGUGAAGGAGAAGAAGCCUCAGCCGCCUCGCGACUCGUCCAAGUCAAAGACCUACGCUAAGACGUUGCGUCUCACCUCGGACCAGCUCAAGUCCCUCAAUCUCAAGAAGGGCGCCAACACCAUCACGUUUAGCGUUACCUCCUCUUACUCCGGCGUAGCAACCUGCACGGCUCGCAUCUUCCUCUGGGAGUCUGCCCACCAGAUUGUGGUGAGCGACAUUGACGGGACAAUCACGAAAAGCGAUGCGCUGGGGCACGUCUUCACCAUGAUCGGCCGAGACUGGACACACUUGGGCGUGGCGAAGCUUUACACCGACAUUGCGAGGAAUGGGUAUCGCAUCAUGUACUUGACCUCUCGCGCUAUCGGGCAGGCGGAUACGACGCGCGACUAUUUGCGAGGCAUCAACCAGAACAACUAUCGCCUCCCGGAUGGACCCGUCAUCAUGAGCCCCGAUAGGCUCAUCGCGUCGCUGCAUCGCGAGGUGAUCCUGCGAAAGCCCGAGGUAUUCAAGAUGGCCUGCCUGAGGGAUAUUGCGCGCCUCUUUGGUGCUGACCCGCGACAUGCGCAAGCCCGGCCUGGUGGGUCAUGGCCUGGCGUUGGCGAUGGCGCGAUGAAAGCUGCGAAGGGCCCAGGAGCAGGGGAAGAGGCUUCACCAGCAGCAGGUGCUGCCACCGCAGCCGCCAACGCAGUAGCAGCUCCCGCCUCAGCCCCGACUCCCUUCUACGCCGGCUUCGGUAAUCGAAUCACCGACGCCCUCUCGUACCGCUCGGUCAACAUCCCCUCCUCGCGCAUCUUCACAAUCGACACUAACGGCGAGGUUAAGAUGGAGCUGCUCGAGCUUGCGGGGUACAAGUCCUCUUAUAUCCACAUGACUGACUUGGUGGACCAGAUGUUCCCGCCCAUCACCCAACGGAGCGUGGAGAACAAGGUGGGGAAACCGGAGUACAACGACUUUAAUUUCUGGAGGCCGGCGAUUGAUGUUGGCAUCGAGCUGCCACCGGAUGAGGACUUGAUGCCGACCCCGCCUGUCUCUCCUGCGCUCAGUGCAAGAAGCGGGAAAAGUGUGCGAUCGGCGCCACCCGGAGUCGGGGCUGGUGCGAGUGGGAGUGAGGCAGGAGAGCAGCAAGCGGGACAGAAGGAGGGGAGGUUAAGCAGAUUCGGGCUUGGCAGCCUGGGACUGAGCAGGAAGAGUUCUGCAGCUACGAUGGCAGAGCCUCCUUCAUCACCGCAGAGUGCCCAACGUCUACUCGAGGCAAGCGCCUCCGCUCCUGACUUGCAUGCUGGGGCAGGAGAAGUAGAGCGCUCCGUCUCUGCGCCCGUCGGGCCCGGUGCGACCGGCGGCGAGGAAGGCGCCAACCCGUCUUCUCCUCCUACCUCGAUGGCCUCAAGCUUCGGCUCUGGCACAUCUAGCUGGAUUGCUCCCUGGCGACGCUCUUCCUCUUCUGCAGCUCGCGCCGUCUCCCCGCCUGGCUACGGUGGGCGGGGCAGCGGCCGUGAGCCCGGACCCACGAGCCCGCUUGUUGGGCCAGUGAUUACGGCUGAGCCGGAGAGUGAGGAAGAUGACGACGAUGAUGUCAGUGACUUUGAUGGAGAGGGCGACGAGGAGGACGGGAGUGAUGGCGACUAUGACGAGGAAGAGGAUGACGAAGAUGGCAGCGAGUACGAUGAGGACGAGGACGUGGAGGGGGAAAGCGUGGGCGAUGGGACUGGCAGCACGAGGGCGAGCGGACAGGGAGCUGUGCCCAUUAGUGGAGCAUCCACGCAGGCGGCAGGUUCAGCUAGGGAGCAGCAACAAGCAGCAGUAGCAGCAGCAGCAGCGCCUGCGUUGCCUCGCACACGACGUGGCCGUCGCAACAAUCGCUCAGCACAGCGACGGGGGACCUACGACGACUUUGGCGCCGAAGACGACGAUGUCUUGGCCAGUGGCGAAGUGCAGUUCGACUGGCGUUGACGCAUCCCCGCGAUGUACGAUGGACUUGCUAUUGCUCCGCCAUACA